AUGCUGACUUUGGGCCUGAGCUUUGAUCGCCGCUUCCUUGGUGUGACGAUGCUGCGCUAUUAUAGGUUGCCAAAACGAAGCGUCACAGCCAAAGAGAUCAUCGUCGGCGUAGUGGCAAGUCUGCAGGCAGGCUUUGGCGUCGUGGCUCUGUUCAAUGCUGUUGGCGUAUCUCCUCUGACCGCAUCGAGGGGAGAAGCCCACACCGGUGACCACACCCAGGACAAGCUCAAACUCAUCGUUGGCCUGCACUGCAGCGUCCCCACCAACCCGCAUCGGCGCCACUCAUCGGCGUCUCCGACCUUCUGA